AUGGAAUCGCGACAGUCGCAAAUAGUUUUGAUUCGCAUGUUGACUUCUGAAGCUGAUCACUACAAGCCAAAUAUAUACACAAUGAUGUCUCGAUAUCUUGGUUUCGAAGAAGCUACCUGUGUUGUUAUGUUAACGCGCUUAUGUUCCUUCUUUGAAGCUUGCCUUUGUGAAGCCAACUCAGCCUAA